AACAGCCCCAAGCUUAGACCGCCUCUUACUCAAUGCACCUCACUCAUCUCCCAAAUGAGACUAUCCUCACAAUUGUCUCCUUCCUUCGCCGUCAACGGGACAUUUACGCACUUGUGAGAACUAACCGUCGUUUCUAUUGCCUCCUUAGAGAUGUACUCUAUGACUACAACAGUCGCUACUUGCAUGCUUCAGCUCUGAAGUCUGUUGCAGAAAGCGGUGACCUAUAUCUAGCUGGCAGGCUCCUCGACGGACUCAAAGCCGCUGUGGGCAAACCCCGUCGUCAGGCACCCUCCGAACGUGAUUGGGAAUGGCUCUCCAGGGAAGGAAGAAUUGACCCCAAUCAUGAAUAUGACUGCGAUCUCAUCGACCCAGAGGAGUCAGUGGAUAGUGGUGAUGAGAAUAUGAAACAUUUGUUCAGCUGGGCUGAUAUUGCACGUCACCCACUACGCGCAGCGAGGUACAGUACCAAAGACAUUCUCACGGUACAGAACGCACUACUUGCAAGUAUUCGAGCCGGACAAAAGGAUAUGAUGGUUCUGCUUCUGGACCGUGGUGCACAGCCGAACUUUUAUCGCGGUCCUCGUCGAAUUGCUAAAUACAUCUCUGGCUGGCACAUGUUACUUGAAAUUCCUCCACCACCUGUUCCACCGCUCUUCCUGGCCGUCCAGUGCGGCAAUGAAAAGCUCGUGGAGAUCUUGUUGGACCGAGGGGCGGAGCCAGAUCGAUAUCAUCCAUCGCCAUUAUAUCGGGCUGUUGCAGAUGGAAGACAAGACAUUGUGCUUAUGCUGAUGCGGGGAGGAGCGACGGAUUGUGACAGCUCCAUGAAACUGGCUGCGCAGCGGGGAGAUUCAUCAAUGAUGGAGUUCCUGCUGAGGCAUGGUGCCCGGGCCGAUCUAUGUGGUGCUGCCGCGUAUCAAGUGGCACUAAGCAAAGGUCAUAGAUAUAUAGCCAGUCUGUUGAAUUCAAGCGGCGCUCGUGUUUACUAUCCGUGGGAGUUGAGGGGUGAAUUGGAUAAAGAAGAAGGGGAUGGGACUAAGCCUGAGCUGAAGUUAUAUCAUUCUAGCUUCGAACGGGGUCUGCCUGAGUGGUUCAUGGCGGAUUGA